AGAAGGUGGUAGGUAGUAGGUGGUAGGUGACCUGGGCAGAGGAGAAGGGAGGCCACAGCUGAUGAUCUGUGGCAGGGAAAGAGAGGAGACUGAGGGAUUAGGUAUAGGUGAACAGAGAGUGGAGAUGAUCUGUUGGCAAGCUCUCAUGGUCUUCUGACAGACUCCUCAAUAUCUUGAUUGCAUGUGGCAACUUUAAUUAUUUAACCUCAUUAGAGUAUGGUAAAUGUGCUUUAUAUACUUAUGUACUGAUUUACAUAUGCAAUUAAAUUGCAUACAUAAUUAUGUAUACACAAUUAAUUUCUUCAUUGCUGCUUUUGCAUAGGGCACUAUGUCAUAAGUAAUAUGAUGAGAAAGAUGUACAAGUGUGUCAGUGUUGGACUAAAUAAGGAGUUUAUUGCAUGAGUGCUCUUUCUUAGAAUGUGAAGUGAUGGCAGAGCAAGUUAAUGGGAAUUUCCCCUGAGCAGAGCCUCUGAGAGGGAGGAGAAUUCUGAUUCUGAUUUGGGACUUCAGAGGAGUGAACCUUCCUCACAGAUACACACAAGCAUGUAAGUGCAGGAUGGAUUUAGAGAACCAUGAAAUCAUGUAGAAUUGAAAAUAAGAAAAGAAAGUUGCUUUAAAUGGCAACUAUAAUUUUAAAAACAAUCCUCUUGCUUCAUUUGUAGCUUUCCACAUAGAAAUAAUUAUAGACUCCUUCCAAGGCAUAGCCCAGGCUCUUAAUAUGAUUCUUACCUUUCACCCUCUGACUCCUCAUGGCAGGAAGGUGGGUACAGGUCAUAGGAUUCCACAGGGUCCUGAUGAUAAAUGCAGACAUUGCAGAGAACAUGUCACAGAGGCAACAAAAAUCUGGUAAUAGAAAAUGAAUUUGAAAAAUGACAGGGGGGGAAAUAAAUGUACAUUAGCUUCAGUGCUCAACCCUGAAGUUAAUGGAGAAACUUUAAAUGAUUUCCUGAGUUACUGAAAAUAGGCUGAAUGUUUGGCAAGAUUAUAAAAUAUAUCCAAAGAUAUAUUAUUUGUUGGUUUUCCAGUGAAUUAAUUUUCCAGAAAAAUCAGAACAGUAGAGGAAAUAUGUAGGUAUUAUUUUGAAAAACAAUAGAUUUGUCCAAAAAAACAAAAGAAGAAAGAAAGAAAAGUACUUUUGUGCUAUUCAUGGCAGUUUCUCAUCUACACUAUGCUGUGUGGUUUUGCACCGUGUUUAAACACCUUGAAUGGUAUACCUCUGAAACAGUAUCAUUUUUGCCAUCUUUUGUGUUAAUGAGCUUAAGUAAUUCUCCAACUUAAUUUUGAAAAAAAUGCAAAUUUAAAAGAGCUUUGUUUCAUUCUGUUUGGAAAUAUGAAUGUCAUGCACACGCCUAGACUAAGCUUACAGCUGCUUAUGUUAUAAACUAUUUUGUGUUAUGCCAGUGGCUAUAGAUAUAAAAUCAUGGAUCAUGUUAAUUAGUACCCAGUUUUGGUUUUCUCCAAGUUGGAGAUGGUUGUUCUAAAAUUAAUUGAUAUCCCAGACUCUUUUCUGGAGGGCCUCCUUACGGUUGUUUAAGAUUAUUCUUCUGACUGUAAACCCCACCCAUCCUACAAGGACAAGAUUGUAUGCUACCUUCUGAUCCUUUCAACUGAAUGAUGUUUCCCUCCAAUCUCACGGUGUAUCAUCGAGAGGCGUGUUGGCAUUUUUACCUCAUUUGAAGUGUUGUGUGUCUACUCUGUCAGUGUUUGUGCACGCGUGUCUUUCUGUACACAUCACUCCCUCAGGACUUCAGUUACUUGUGUUCUUAUUGCUUUCCUGCACUUUGUAGAUUCUUUACCGUUCACUGGCUCAAUCAAUAUCCAAGCUAGGUAUGUAUAGGAAGGUAAGAUUAGAACAUAGGAAUGGAUCGAUUCCUGGAUAUGGGUCCCUCUUUAACUUUUUAGCAUUUGAUUGAGGUCAGAGGCUGCUAUAAAAACUUAAUUUUUUCAUAGGUGUUACAAAUCUAUUCAUUGAUGUAUAAAAGCACACUUUUCUAAUUCAGGUCAGAUUUGAGAUUAGCAGGUAGCUCAUACAGCUUCAUGUCCUUCAGUUUUGGGAAUAUCUGCCCCACACAGGAAUGCAGCAAUAGGAUGCUUCGAUGGCCUUUUCCCAAGUGUCUAGUUCUGCACAUGUCAAAUAAUAACUAUGUUCUCCAACGGUCCUUGUCGCUCUCGGAUUGGUGUUUAUAUCAGUGUCUUGAGAUGAACUUCACCGAGCUCAGGGUGGAGCAGCAAGCACAUAUAUGAACUGAGAUUUGUUUUUCUUUUUCUCUUCACUUUGCUUCUUAAUUCUUAGUGAAUACAGCCCCAUGUUUCAUAUGGUUUUCUUUAAUGGCUUCUCAUUGCACUGGAAAAGCCGGAUGCUCUGGAGCCUUCUUCCCUUCAGUCUGAACUUGUGUCUUCUUCUCCAAAUGCUUUCAAGAGAAAAUCCCUGACACAGCUAGGAUACUUUCAUAGCCUUAACUAGUCCAACUUGUGGCUUUUGCUUCUGUUAUUCCUUCUAUCAGAAUGUUUUUGACUGGAUAUUUUUCUUAAAAAUAAAGAUUUUAAAUGCUUAUUGCCUUAGGCUUCUGUUGCUGUGCAAAAGCACCAUUACCAAAACAGUUGGAGAGGAAACAGUUUGUGUCAUCUUAGUACUUCCAGGUAACAGGCCAUAACUGAGGGGAAGUCAGGGCAGGAAUUCCAGGCAGGAGCCUGGAGGCCAGAACUGAUACAGCAGAGGAGGAGAAAUGUUGUUUACUGGCUUGCUCAACUGUCGUAUACCCAUCCAGGCUCCUCUGCCCAGGAAUGGCACUACCCAAUGUGAUCUGGUCCCACUCCCUUCAGUUCGUAAUCAAGAAAAUAUUUCAAACACCAAUCGGUUGGGGACAUUUUGAGUUUCCUCUUUCCAACUCAUGUCAAGGUGACAGAACACUAGUCAACACACAUAUUGCAUGUGUAAGAAUGUUUGCCUGCGUGUAUUUACAUCUGAGUACUACUCGAAUGCCUGGUAUCUAUGGAGGACAGAAGAGGGCAUUGGAUCCUUUGGAACUGGAGUUUCAGUCCAUGGUGAGCUACAGUGGAGUUGAGCCUAGUCCUGGGGAGGAACAGCCAGUGCCCUUGGCUGCUGAGCGGUCUCCCAGACUGUCCACUUGAGUUUGGAUGACAGUCUCCUUACAAUCCACAAUUCUGCCUCCGUUGCCUUCCUUCACAGUUCUUUCCCUAUUUACCCUGUCUGAAAUGUGAACGUAAAAGUCCUGUCACUGUUACCUCAACAGUUUCGAGUUUCCUGAACAGUGCUCACUACACUUGGAUAUGAUUCUGAUUUAUUAAAUAGUUGCAUUGUCCUGCAUACGACUGUAAGCCUAUGGAGGCAGGGGCCUUUGUCUUGUCUUGCUUACUGGUUUCCAAAAAUUUAAUUUAUUUGGCUUCAUUAUUUAGUGGUAGAACUUAAGGAUUCCUAUUCUAGUCUUUUUUGUAACUAUAUUGUAAAAACUUAAGCAGUAAUAAUGGAUAACUUGGGAGCUGACUGUGUAACAAAGCCUGGUAUGUUAAUCACAGAGAAGUAAAGUACCUUAUACCACAGGGAUGUAGUUUAGGGGUCUGCCACCAUGGCUAAGAUUCUUGUUUGUAUGAAAGAGAGAGAGAGUAGAGGGAGGUCUGUUUAGGAAAUUUUUAGAAUGAUUUUGUUGGCAAGUGAAGUUUAACCAUCACAUGGAAAUACAAUGUGAGGUGAUUAGAAAUAAUUCACUGAACAUUAUAUAUUUUCCUGUUUCCAUUUCUGAUUUUAGGUACCCUUUCUAAAGUCCUAGGAGCCUGAGGGAAAGUAGUUUCGGCAUUAUAGAGAUUUGCUUCCUAGACAGUUUUACUUGUGUUCCUUUCUACACUAAAUACUGUGCACUGGGAAGAGUAGACAGCAGCUGUGAUGGAAUUAGAGUGUUGUACUUAGAACAAGGAGAUUUCGGUCGAAUCUCAGCUUCUGAAGUGUUAGGGUAACUGGACAAACUAAUUCAUAAGAUUCCUUUGUACAGGAGGAGGAGUGGCUUCUCUUUAUAGGUUUGCUUUGCAGUCUAAGUGAGAUAGCAGAUAGCACUGAGCACAGCAGAGCAUGGAGUAUUAGCCACAAUACUUUGCAUACCUUUGUACUGGUCCAUUUCCUUCCCUGUGACCUGUGUACAAUUAAUAAUUAAUCUCCUGGUUAGUUUAUUCGGUCAUUGGGAUACAUGGGUGCCUGUAGACUUGAAGCUGGGUUUUUCCUGUUGGUUUUCAUUUGCACACAAACCUUUCAUUCAGUUAUUUUCCUCUGAAUUUCUGCACCUUUGUUUUCUGUGCCAUCUAGUAUGCUGCCUUGAUCACUGAUGCCUUCAGAUGCACUGUGCUUUCUGCAAACAGGAACUUGACAUUGACAGAUGUAGCCAAAUGAUUGUGUUGAGAGCAAUCUGCUGACUGGAGCUAAGGAGAGACAAGGCAUUAGCCUUCAUCAAGUUCUUAUAUGAGUCAGGCACUGCCUGCCUUUAUUACUGGAUUGGAUUGUAGAAAUGCGUUCAUAUCCCUUAAUGUAGCUGGCUUUCUCUCUGUAGGUGUAAAAACUGUUCAAAAUAAAACAACUGCUGUCCUCGCAGUGCAAGCAAACACAUUUAAAAGUGCAUUUUAAUGGCAAGGCAGCUUAGUUUAUGGGUGAGGAUGAGAACUUGGUGGAGAUUGCUUUCUUUUUUUUUAAUUUGAAAAGAUACUCUUACUCUACAAUAUCUAUAACAUUGACAAGUACAUACAUCCUAAGGCUAAAAUCACCUCCUUCUGAUUUUUUUUUUUAAAGAAAGAUGGUAAAAGCCAGACUUUCUCAGGGUUUUGAACUGUUUAUCUGGCAGUUGGGAUUCAGAAGCUUCUCAUUCAGCAAGGCCUUCCCAUAAAGUGUUAUCUGAUGGGCCAGAACUCUGUCGUUUUCAUUUGGUAGGCUAUCCCGUCUUUAGCACUAAAAGCGGUCGUUAUGGUUACUGAGGAGAUGGAGUUGUCCACCUGAUCUACCUGGUGAGUCAGGACCUCUGAGUAGAGUUCUGAAGUGAUACCCUUGUUUGCCUUCGUUAUCUUUUACAGCUUUCCAGCUCUGGUCUGUGGUGUUCUUCUUGAAAGUGAACUCUUCUUCUCUGCAAAUGUGGGCCAUGGUGGGCCGAGGUCUUCCUGUGCCAGUUCUAUUUUUAGAGUCAGAUAAUUGACAGUGCUCAGAAAAGCUGGAUGAUACAGUUUCUUUUGCACUGGGAGUAAGCAGGAAAUCCAGGGUACUGGGCGAGUGUAGUUCUCUGAGCUCUACCCAUAGGACAAGGUAAAUCCAGCAUCAGAGUCCCUGAAACUGAGGCCUUAUCCAAAGGUGGCUCAGAGUGAUGACCUACAGACAUUGUCUUCUCGUUCUGAGGAUCUCUUUCCUUGAGUCAGAUACAGAUUUUGUUGCAGUUUCAUUUUAAAAUUUUAAUCCAUGGCACUUUCUUUCAGGGUCUUUCUCUACUUUGAAAACGAUUUGGUGGCAUAGGAUAAACACCAUUUUGCAACCUGCCAAUUGCUCCUUUUUCUUUCUUUCCUUCCGAGACAUGAACAUGGUCUUAUAACGUUUAACACCUCUGGACGUAUUCAUGUCUUUAAGACAUGGGUAUGUGUGCCACCUCUUGUAUUAGUACACGCCAUAAGUUCAAGUUCAGAAUCCAAGCAUUUCUUUUAAAUUCUGUUUAGUCCUUAAAGACAUCGAUGUGCUGCAUAUACCCACAGGGAUGGUAGAUAUUUAAAGUAUUCUAAUUCAGAACUGUCAACAGAGCAAAUAAAUGUAAAACACCUAUCUCCCAGCACUGGCUUCCAAAGGCACUGCAUGCAAGCCUUUUCCUCUGUAAGCUCUGUAAUUCUGUGAUUCUGCAAGAUCACAUUUUUACAUUUGGCGCUCUAGCAUCUUUCAGGUUCCAUAUCCAGAGCCCCACAGUAGCAGUAGCAAUGUUGGACACGGCUUUUGACUUGAAUCCCAGUCAAGGUCUAUUAUUCCAUAACAUCUGCAUCCUAACUUGCAGUGCACACAGAUCUGUUCCUUUUAAAUGUACAUCACCCCUCUGUCGUCUCAAAAAUGCACCAUGGGCAGAGCUAUUUCUUUCAUCCAAAUCAACAGACUCAAGACGAGGCUCAUGACAGAACUAUGACACCUUGGCUACCCUUGUCACAUACAACCAUUUCUUUGGGAGCUUCUGAAUGCUCUUUGUGACUGUUGUUCAGGCACAUUCCCUACUUCCAGUAGUUCCCGUCUGAGCAUCCUGGAGAACCCAGAAUUUAGAACCAUCUGCAGGUGUGAUGAAGUUAAUCUGUCUCAAUAUAUUUAUCUUUUUGAUAGUUCCAGGAUAAAACCUUGGCCGUCUUCAAAUUCACAUAUAGACUUUUUGGCUUUAUGUCCACUCUACUUAUGUAGAGUCCUUUAUUGGUCACUUCAGUGGUGCUGACUAUGUCACGCAUGAAGACAGAAGCAAUGGCAUUCAGUGCUUCCUCUUGCUGUAGAUUUUCAUCAUAUUUUUGGAAGACAAAACAUCCUUAGUUUACUUGGAAAAGCUGGAUUGUAACUUUGCUUAAUUGUGACUUCAUCUUGGCUUUUUCACUGUUCACUGAUGAAACAUAGACAGGGAGGUGACUUCGACCAUUCAUCUUCCGAGAUUGAUGGGACUCCGGACCUUUUGUGCUCGUUUAACCUUAAUACCCUAGGUUUCCCUUGUCUCCUAGUUCACAAGGGUAUUGUUAAUACUCAGUACUCUGUGUCACAGUUGAGACUUAGAGCAUUCUCCUGGAGGUCAUUAGUCAAAAGUUCACAUAUGGGCAAAGAAAGCACUCCUGUGUGCAGAGAACACAUGUUUUCCAGAGGAGAAGCCACAGGAGCAACUCAGUAGGAAUCGCUAAGUGGGAGGAAGGAGCCUGGAGGAUAUGGUGUGCACAUAACUGAAGAGAUGGAUCAGAACAGCUCAGCUCAGUGACUGUCUAGGUCAGGGGUUGGAAUGGAAGUUAUAAUGUGCAGCUGGACAAAGACCACAAGUUAUAGUGUGUGUCCCCAUCUAAGAUAGUCUGAAAUAGGCUUCUCCUUGGGCAUUUUAAUAAUAUUUGUGAGGCUGUGAUUGGUACUUGCCUUUCAGCAUGGUGAUAGAAUUGGUUCUUUGACUACAGUGAGAUUUUUGCAUGAGAUGCCAAAAUGAGUGAGAAAGUGCCUUCCUUGGUUUUUGAUAUUUUUGAAAUAGAGUCUUGAAUAUUGCCCAGGCUGACCUUGAACUCUUGUUCCUCUUGUCUCUGUCUCAUGAGUGCUUGGGUUAUAAAUAAACAUACACUACUUUUUCAGUCCGAAAAUGUGCUUUUUAGACUAUAAAAUACUAUUUAGAUCCAAUAUAUUAUAAUAGGUAUCUUUUCUAGAAGCUUGUAUCCUAGACUUGGCUUGCACACUAAAAUAAUAGAUUAAGAUAUGAGAACAUUUACCUUGCAUAUUUUUGUCAAGCUUGGAGAAGUUAGGGUAAUGGGUUAUUGAUUAUUUGGACUUGUACUACUAAAUGUCUGGCUUCACUGAACAUAAGAUACUGUCCUCCAAUAGUCUCGUUGUCAUUGUAAAGGCAUCUAUAAAGGAUUUUGAGAUUUCCAAGAGAAAAAAGAAUUAAACUUUUUUUUGAGGCUACUGUGGAACAGGGCAGUUGCUCAUACAUUAUUCUAAUUCAUCAUUUAAAUAUAGCUUCACUGUCCUCUUAAUGAUUCCUUCACUUCCCUGUGGGCUAAGAUAAGCAACUGACAGACCCAGAAUGCUUUUUUAGCACUUUGUCAGCUAUGACUAUUACAGCUUACAGCAGUUACUAUAUAUCUUAGCAAAAUAAGGCAACACACAUCUGAGAGACCAUUUAUACUCCUCCUCUAAAUUUUAGGAAACUGAAUGUACACUCUUUAUAGAUAUGCUCUGUGAAUAAUGCUAACUCUGGCUCCCAAGUCGAUAUCCAAAUCUAAUAAAAGAUCUUAAGUUGUUAGUCUUUCAGAAGUGUUAAGCAAACUUGUGGAGAUUGAAAAAAAAAACUUCAAAGGAACUUGUAGGUCAGUGAGUAUCUUAGGGUUUCUAUUGCUGUGAUAAAACAUCACGGCUAAAUGUAAAUGUUGCUUUCAUUUCCUCAGAUGAUGGAAUCAGAUGAAAGUUGUACCCAAGCUGUACAAAUACACAGCUGGGGCUGAGCCCAGAGCAUUUCUUUCUCUGUUCUAUCCAUCGGUAGGUCUAGGCCUAGAAGCUUCUAGUCUCCAUACAGUCUAAUCUUCCAAGCUGACUGAUUCAAUCUUGCUUCUCUCAGCUUCUGACUGAAUUGCUCUCCCUGGCUUCAUACUAACUUUGGCAAUAUUUCUAAUCAUUUGGUUCCUUCUCAUUCUCUGGUUCAUUCUGUCUUCAUCUGUGUCUAGCUUGUUCUUUCUGCAACCUGUCCCUAUAAAACUGUCCUGGUAAAACUGCUACACACACACACUACACACCACACUGCCUUCUUUUUUUUUUUUUUACUCCCUUGUUGCUUUUAAGUAACCUAUUUUUCCCAUGCUUUUCUCCUGAGAGUUGGACAUGAUGUAUCUUUGAUUCAUUCUGUCAAAUCUUUUUCUGAUUCGUCGCUUUGUCUGUUUCUCAAUUAAGCAUCACUUUCAAACAUGGCUGCUCCCUUCUACAAACUAUAUUUAUCUUCCUUGUUAGGGAUUAAAGGUGUGUUCUAAUGGCAUGUCUGUACUUCAGCAAGAUCACAUUGUAAUCCAGGGCAUGUCUGCAUUCUGACAAGAUCACAUAUUUUGUUAUGAUCCCUUGCCAGAGCAGCCAUGUUGCAGGAUUAAAAUUCCUUUAUAGCUAAAAGCAACUUGUGUGUGUGUGUGUGUGUGUGUGUGUGUGUGUGUGUGUGUGUGUGUAUGCACGCAUGUGCAUGCGUGCCUAGUGGUGGUGGUGGUGGUGGUUGGUUAUUUUGAGCCAGGGUAGGAACUCAAGGCAGGAACCUGGAAGCAGGAGCUGAUGCAGAGACCCUGGCGGAAUGCUGCUUCAGGUCUUGGCUCAGUCUGCUUUCUAGUAGCACCCGGGACCACCCCCCUGAGGUGGCACUGCCCACAGUGAGCUUGGCCCCCACAUGUUAACCACCAGUCAAGAACAUGCACCAAAGGCUUGUCCACAGGCCAGUCUGUUGGGAGCAUGGGUCAAGUUGACAUAAAACUAGCCAGCCCAGUAAGCAAGACUUACAUGUUUUAUUUUUUUAAAGUUGAACAAUUUAAGAUGGCAAAAACAGAAUAAAAUGCCUGGAGUCACAGUUUCUUAAUAAAAAAGUAACUUUUAUACAUAAGCAAUUUGGAUUUGGAUUUAUAUAUUCUCCUGCACUAGAGAAUUUUUCCCCCAAGGGGUUGCUUUGUUUUGAAGUUGGUUGAGUUGUUGUUCUGAAGUAGUAUUUUAAUUAGCAAUGGACAGCUGUAAAGCCUGCACCAUAACAGUACCAACCCAGCAAGAGGUCUCCAGUGGAGUCAUAGUCAUACUUAUAUCUCAGAGGUAACAAAUGGUUGUCUAAUUGAACUAAAGACCCACUCAGAAGGUGGGAAUUCAUGUUUGGUGUUGUACACCUACCUCUGGCUGGAGAGGUCAUGAACCGUAAGGACAGCCUAAUAUUUCCUAAAUCAAUAUAUCCUAAAUACUCUAAUGCUUACAUGUAAGUGUAGCUCACCAAAGAAGGUUUUCCUUUCUUUUUCUUUUUGUCUCAGCAGAUGAAAACCAUCACAGAAAUGCAUAACCAGUCAAAAUGCAAAUAAAAACAGACUAUGGGGUUCCCAUCUCCAGUUGAUACUUAUCUGCAUCAUAAUCCCUAUAUAGAAGGCUCAGGGAACAUUAUGUAAGAACAGACAGAGAGGUUGUAAGAACAAGAGGACCAUAAUACCUGCUGCAAGACAGUGUCUUCUAAACAUUACAGUAAAGCUACACCCAUGAAAUAUCAACAAUACAAUUGCCUAAAUAAGACAAUUAUAUAAUGACAACAUCAGUUCCCAUACUAACAUUGAUGGGGAAAAUUCUACAAGGCCUUACCCCUAGAUGAAGAGCAACAGGCAGUCAAUGGCUGCUGAGGGAAAGAGAAUUAGUUUUCUCGAGGGACAGUCCUUGUAGGUUAUAAAGUUCCAAAUGGUCAGCCAUAAACACAUGUACUUACAAGCAACACUAAAUGAACCCAGUAGGGUGUGUGUGUGUGUGUGUGUGUGUGUGUGUGUGUGUGUGUAUCAAUUACAAUUAAAGAAAAGAUAAUAAGUAAUUUUAGAAAGAAGAUUACUGUCUUUGUCACAGUUCUUUUACUGUCAAGACACACCAUGACCAAGCAUUUAAUUAGGGUUUGCUUACAGUUUCAGAGGUUUAGUCUGUUAUCACAUGAUUGCACCUAUGGCUGUAGGGAAAUAACAGAGAGACAUAUCUUUAUCUGUUGGCAGAGAGAGAGAGAGAGAGAGAGAGAGAGAGAGACAGAGAGAGAGACAGAGAGAGAGACAGAGAGAGAGACAGAGAGAGAGACAGAGAGAGAGACAGAGAGAGAGACAGAGAGAGAGACAGAGAGAGACUGAGCCAGAGAGAGAUGGCUUGGCCUUCUGAAACCUCAAAGCCAACCCUCACAGUUCUUCCAACAAGAUCACACCUCCUUAACCUUUUCAAAUAGUGCCAUUCCCUGAUGACUAAGCAUUCAAAUGUAUGAGCCAUUAGGGACCAUUCUUUUUUUCUUUUUUUUCUUUUUAGAUAUAUUUCUUUACUUACAUUUCAAAUGUUAUUCCCUUUCCUGUUUUUUUGUCCAUAAGCCCCCCAUCCCCUAUACGGGUAUUCCCCCAUCUAUCCCCCUUAUUGCACCCCCCCACAUUCUCCUGCACUGGGGGUCCAACCUUGGCAGGACCAAGAGCUUCCCCUUCCACUGGUGCCCAACAAGACUGUUCUCUGCUACACAUGCAGUUGGAGCCCUGGGUCAGUCCAUGUAUAGUCUUUGGGUAGUGGUUUAGUCCCUGGAAGCUCUGGUUGGUUGGCAUUGUUGUUCUUAUGGAUUGCAAGCUCCUUCAGCUCUUUCAAUACUUCCUCUAAUUCCCCCCAAGGGAGUCCUGUUCUCAGUUCGGUGGUUUGCUGCUAGCAUUGACCUCUGUAUUGGACAUGCUCUGGAUGUGUCUCUCAGGAGAGAUCUAUAUCCAGUCCCUUUCAGCGUGCAUUUUUUAGCUUCAUCAAUCUUAUCUAGUUUUGGUGGCUGUAUAUAUAUGGGCCACAUGUGGGGCAGACUUUGAAUGGCCAUUCCUUUAGUUGCUGCUCUAAACUUUGCUUCCAUAUCCCCUCCUACAGAUAUUUAUUUUCCCCUUUUAAGAAGGAGUGGGAACAUCCACAUUUUGAUCAUCCUUCUUCUUGAGCUUCCUGUGGUCUGUGGAUUGCAUCUUGGGUAAUUUGAGCUUUUGGGCUAGUAUCCACUUAGCAGUGAGUGCAUACCAUGUGUGUUUUUCUGUGAUUGAGUUACCUCACUCAGGAUGAUAUUUUCUAGUUCAUUCCAUUUGCCUAUGAAUUUCAUGAAGUCAUUGUUUUUGAUAGCUGAGUAGUACUCCAUUGUGUAGAUGUACCACAUUUUUUGAAUCCAUUCAUCUGUUAAAGGGCAUCUGGGUUCUUUCCAGCUUCUGGCUAUUAUAAAUAAGGCUGCUAUGAACAUAGUGGAGCACGUGUCUUUGUUGUAUAUUGGAGCAUCUUUUGGGUAUAUGCCCAGGAGAGGUAUAGCUGGGUCCUCAGUUAGUGGAAUGUCCAAUUUUCUGAGGAACCCCCAGACUGAUUUCCAGAGUGUUUGUACCAGUCUGCAAUCCCACCAACAAUGGAGGAGUGUUCCUCUUUCUCCACAUCCUUGCCAGCAUCUGCUGUCACCUGAGGUUUUGAUCCUAGCCAUUCUGACUGGUGUGAGGUAGAAUCUCAGGGUUGUUUUGAUUUGCAUUUCCCUGAUGACUAAGGAUGUUGAACAUUUCUUUAAGUGCUUUUUGGCCAUUCGAUAUUCCUCUGCUGAGAAUGUUUUGUUUAGCUCUGUACCCCAUUUUUAAUAGUGUUAUUUGUCUCCCUGCAGUCUAACUUCUUGAGUUUUUUGUAUAUUUUGGAUAUUAGCCCUCCAUCAGAUGUAGGAUUGGUAAAGAUCUUUUCCCAAUCUGUUGGUUGCUAUUUUGUCCUAAUGACAGUGUCCUUUGCCACACCAAAACAGAAGCUUUGCAGUUUUAUGAGGUCCCACUUGUCGAUUCUUGAUGUUAGAGCAUAAGCCGUUGGUGUUUUGUUCAGGAAAUUUUCCCCAGUGUCCAUGUGUUGGAGACUCUUCCCUACUUUUUCUUCUAUUAGUUUGAGUAUAUCUGGUUUGAUGUGGAGGUCCUUGAUCCACUUGGACUUAAGCUUUGAACAGGGUGAUAAGAUAGGGACCAUUCUUAUUCAAACCAACUUAAAUACCAGAGAAAAGAGAUAAGAGAAAACCUUCAGUUUUGGUGGAGUUUGACCAAACUCUAUCAAAACUUGACCCUGCCUAGCUCUAGGAGUAUUUCGUAAAUGUGGCAAUGGGAAGUCUCGGGUGGCUCACAGAAGAGUAGAUGAGGGAAAAGGCACAAUCUGUUGACUCAUAUCUGUGCCCAUUAAUACAAUUAUUUAAAGUUUGAUGGAUUUUACUCAUAUAGGAAAGAAUAGCACACUAUGUAGGAUUCAAUAAUAGCAGGGUGGCUCACACCUUUUAAGAAGUAUAACAUUUCCCAAUCUGACAAUUAUUCAUAUUCCCUUUCAUCUCUUAGAAUUAAGCUGUAUUUUAGAGCACUUUAAGAGUUACAGAAGAAUUAUGAGGAUAGCAUAGAUUUCCUGCAUGUUCCCACCCAGUGUGUACUGUUAGUAACAUUGUAUAUGUCUCAUAAGACAGCAAAAUCAUGGGUAUUUGUUUCAGUGAAUAUAUGGUAGUAUUAUUGGCUGAAGUUCGUAUUUUGUUUAGAUUUUUUGUUGUUCUUGUUUCUGUGUGAUGCUCUUUUGUUGCUCCUGGGUACCAUGUGCCAUUUAUCAUAGUGGCGCGUCUCCUGAGACUGUCCUUGAUUUUGAAUGUCUUGACAGUUUUGAGGAGGAUGGUUCAAGGUAGUGUUUGCUCUCCCCUCUGAGUUUUGUUUGUUAAAUCAUCUUGGCUUGUGGAGUUCGGGGAGAAUAGCACAAUGGUAAUUGCCAUUCACCCCAGCUGUCCUUCCUAUUCCCCCUGGUUAAAGCUAUAUUCCCUUCACUUCUCCCAUGAUGCUCUCUGUGGAGAGGACUUACUCUGUGCAGGCAACCGUUAAAGAAUAAAGACUGUUGUUUCCCAUCACAGGAAUGAGGGAAGAAUACCCAAGCAAGAACAGGUAAAGGCUGCUUUUCAUUCAGAGCUUGCUAACAUGGGAGUUAGCGACUGUGACCUGUGCUUGGCAGAGAUUCCAAGGCAGGCACAAGAACAGGAGCGUUGCAUAGUGGGGAAAGCAGGGGAAGAAUUGCUUUUGCUGGGAUUGGAGGCUUUCAUGUUGACCAAGUAGAAGUGGACAUACACAGUGGUACAAAUAUGGUUUUAUCUGGUCAGCCCUAAGUUAAACCUGGGAGUGGAAAUCAGAGGAGGUACGAGGUGCUGACCAUCCUGACCAUCAGGCUACUUGGUUCAAAAGUUCUGUGCCUGGUGAAUGAAGAAAUUCUGACAACUAGACAUAGAGAGGUGGCAUAAGCAAAACUGCUUAUUCUCUUUCUGGGGGCCGUAGUCCCAGAUCAAGUCCUGGUGGACCUGGUGUCUGGUAAGGCCUGCUCCCUGCUUUGUAGAUAACCAUCUCCUGGCGCCCAUACACGGUGGAAAGCAGAAGCAGAGGAAGUGAGCUUUCUGUGUGCAGUGUUGCUAACAGGCUCACCUGGGUGUGGAGCAUGCAGGAACUCUACCGUCUUCCGUGCGUCACUUGUCUCGGCCUGCAUGUGCAGCUUUGAGUUCAUGGUGAUGCGGUGUAGGGAUGCCAGUGUCGACUUAGUUCCUUACGUCCUUUACCAAAAUCACUGCACAGUGCUUUAAACUCCUUUCCCGUUAUUUUAAGCAGGGCCAGGAUUGAGCUGAGGCAUGUGAGGUUGCCGAGCUGCAGUAAGCUCUUCUGUGAAUGCUGCCUUCUCAAGACCCAAGCACUUCCAAAGCCCUGUCCCAGUCCAAGUGCUAUCAUAUCUGUCGCUGCUUCUCAUGUUACAAACGCCCACACAAAAGAGCUGAAGGCGUUACCUGCCCUGAACCUUACUAACAGUUGUUUAGCGUUUGGGACAUUCACAACUCUAGUAGCCACAUACAGUGUCUGAGUCAGCAGCUCAUACACUUGUCUCGGCCUGCAUGUGCAGCUUUGAGUUCACGGUGAUGGAUGCUGUGUAGGGUGCCAGUGUUGGCUUAGUUCCUCAUGUCCUUUACCCAAUUCACAGCGUGCUGCAUGUCCAUCUCCAUUACUUUAAGCAGGGCCAGGACUAGGUUGAGGCAUGUGAGAUUGCUUAGCAACAGAGUCUACGAAGUUCUCACCUCUGAAAGUACAAGCUCAGUGCUCGAAGGACUCGACUCUGUUUAAUUCCGGAGUCUACACACCUGGUACCACAGUUUUGUCUUCCUUGAUUACAAAUUAUGUUUUAUUUCUUCACGUUGGAGUUAGGAUAUUGUGUGGACUUUUUAAAGUUUAUGUGUGUGAAUAGUGGGUGUUUUCUUAUUAAAAUUUUUUAUAGGCUGGAGGGUCUUUAAAAUGAUUGUUUAUGAAGAGAGACGUUAAGACUGGGGAAAGCUGGAAGAUUCACCAUUUACAGUCCCUCACCACACAAGCAUCAUAUCAGAGUGUGAUCCCCAGAACCUACAUGGUUGAAGGAGAAAAGUAACACCCAAGAGUUGUCCAUCAUCUCCACACAUGUGCUGUGGCACUUAUGUAUCUUCUACCUCAGCUUCUGCCAUAGUAAAUAAAAACAAAAUAAAAUUUAAACUUAGUGUAGUAAGUCAGUAGGUAUGUCUCGCUCCUUGUUCGCUCCUUGUUAAUCUGUGGUCAGGAACUCACUUGACCUUAGCUGGACUCUUGACUGGGUUCUGGGUUUCAGUCUACAGGUCCAGUUGAGGUUGGCUCCUCCUCUCCUCUCAGAUAAAUUACUGAACAGGACAUGUUCUUCUCAUGGGAAGUGUUAGAAGAAAAAAUGAAAAUAGGAAGUUGGCCAUACCAAAACACACACACACACACAAACAAACAAACAAACAAAAUUUAUAUAGCCCACAUUGGCUCAGAUACUCCAGUCACUGGGGUCUUUCUUGUUUGAUAAUUUGAGGUUACAAAGUAAUUUCCAAAGCUCACUGGAGUGGCUUUGGUGAAUUUCUAUACACACAGCCCAACAACUUCUUUAUACUUCCUUCUCACUGCUAAGUCAAGACAAACAGGCCAGUCCUAAAGAGGUGAGUUUAAUUUGCAACACAGAAGACUGACACCUUAGCUUCAAACUGUCUGGGCUGCUGUGUGGCUCAGGGAUCACCACUUUAAUAGGGGGGUUGGUAGUCCGUGGGGUUUUAGAUGUGUCAGUCCUUGGUGAUUUGGUGCAUUCUUCUAUAUCAGUGCAUUUUAGCCACUUAAAUAGAGGAAGGUUAUUUGUUUCUUUGGUUGGUUUUGUGCCAGGAGCUUGGCUAAAUAUUCUGUGACUCCUUCUGGCGGCCUUAUAACCAUUGGCAAAACAGGUAUAGAUCUUUGGCAGACAUCUUUGGCAGAGAAAGCAAGGAAGGACAGGAGGCCUGGGACUGGUUUCCUAUCCGAUAAAGGAGAGGCCAUUUUCUUUCUUUCCUCAGAACUAACUUCUUUGUUUACUCACACACUCACAUUAGACUUUUGUUUACUCUUGAUGAAACAAUUUUUUUCUUGACUUUGGAGAGUUUCCUUUGUGAGAGGUUGCUUCCUGAUCCACACAUGUGAACUCGCCUCACCUCAGUCCUCCUUUUGCUUUCAGGCACCAGUCUCCACAGGGGCUGGUGAAGACCCCAUUUCUGAUCCUAGACUGCAGUCCCAGAGAAGACAGCAAGAGGGAACCAGAGGGGCUGGAGAUGCAGCUCAAUGUUAGACCAUUUUCCUAUCAUGUAGUCAGACCCUCAGUUUCAUUUCUACAAUCCCAGAACUGGGGGUGGAGGUGGAGAAGGAGCAAGGAAAAUGAAGAAACAAAGGAAAACACAGACAUACCAGGAAAGGUUCUAAGCAGCAGAAUUUCAUGAAGCAGUAAUGUGGGAAACUAAGAGCUUACAUAGGUGCUAUGAAAAUAUUCAUGCUUGGCGAAGAGAACCUUCCGUCAGUGAAGGUCCAUCCAGAGACUGUAGUAAAUUACUUGUUCAGCAGUGUGCUCAGGAUAGUGAGAAAGAAUUCAUUAUCAAUAGCCACGGAUCAGUUUGUGGUUUGAGACCUCUAGUUCAGGCUGUCUGCCUCCCGACAGAGUCAGCUCUUCUUGAGGAAACCCAAAUAGAAGCAUAGUGAUCUCUAUCCAUUCCUCCCUUCACCUGCCUUCAGUUUGAAAAUCCUGUCAAAUUUACAGUGCGUCAUGAGUCGCUCUUUAGUUCUUUCUUCUGCUUUUAUUUCAACCCUUAUAAUCUUAUUACACUAAUCUCCUAGCCGGUCUUCCUGCCUCUAAUCUCUCCUAAUCUCUCCUGCAACUAGGAUAUUGUUUUCAAAUCCUUUAAUAUCGUUCUGUUGCCUAGCAAACAAAAUGCAGACUCUAAACCUGGGGUCUUAGACCUAAUCUUCGGUGUCAGUGGACCAGGGCAGCUUGUUAUUGCUUGACUUCCCUCCUCCCCACCUGAGGAAUGUCUUAUUCAUAUGUGACCAUUCAUCAUGCUCGGAGUGAUCACCUUACGAAUUCUUCACCUUAGUUACUGUGAAGGCUGCUCCGUUCAUCUUCAGUUCCUAGGGCUCUCCGAAUCGCAAUGCUUUCAAACACUGUGAGUCCUAAAUGUCCCAGAACUAGCAUGCCCCACUGUUUUCUAGCCACCCCCUGUCCUGUGUUUCCUGAGAGCCCUGCCUUUCCCUCCAGAUUUAUUUCUGAUUGAUGGUACAUAGUCAGGCUGUCAGCCCUUAGCCUCUUCUCCCCAGUACAUGAUCUUGUGGAAAAGCUGAACUCUUUUAUUUGGCACUGGUCCCAAAGAAAACAAAUAGUUUAUAUGGACACCCCCCUCACAAGCUUGACAUAUUUUUUUGUUAGAAUUUUUAUUUUAAGAUCAUUUCAAAUUAAAAAAAAUUUGAAAUUUCAUUUUAACCCCCCACCCCCACUCCAUGAGGGAAAAUACACACAGGAUGUAGUUCAGUUUUAUUGUGAAAUAUGUCAGUGUGUAUUUUCUAUAUAUAAAGAUGUUUUGUUGCAUAAUCACAGGUAAGUAUCCAAACGAGCAUUAACUAAUCAGACAUUGGAACAGUACCACCACGUAAGUCUCUAAUCUUGUUCAAGUCUCACCAGUGCCUCCAGGACUUGAUUUAGAGUAGAGUAUCCAUUUACAAUCUUGCACUGAAAUGUCUUGUGUCUCUGAACCCGUCAAUCUGAAAGUCCCUCUAUUGCUUGGAUUUUUAUGGCUGGUACUUUUGAGGGCUUCAGGAGGUCAUAUUGUAGAGUCCCUCUAGUUUGUCCAUUGUCCUUUGUCAUUGAGUUGACUUGUUCAUGUUUCCUUGGCUAGAUUAUGGCAGGAGAGGCUGUGCAUUUCUCACUGUAGCACUAGAUAGCACUUAGUUUUCACUUGUUCUGCGCUCAUGAUUCCCAUUUCUGUCACACAGCUAGGACUGAGUUUGCAAGUGGAUUCUUUGCUGCACAGUUAUUUCCUUCAGUAGUUAAUGAGUACUUUUUUUUUUUUUUUGGUUCUUUUUUUCGGAGCUGGGGACCGAACCCAGGGCCUUGCGCUUCCUAGGUAAGCGCUCUACCACUGAGCUAAAUCCCCAGCCCCUUAAUGAGUACUUUUGGAAGGCCACUUCGAAACCCUGAAACUCUGCACCGACCUUAAUAUGUUCAUUUAGUUCUUCAUACCAGAUAGACUCUUGGUUUCUUUCCCUUUCUGUUUAGUAGAGAGUAAUUUGUUAUUGUUUAUUAUCAGCAAGUUUCCCUAUGUCCGUCUGGCUUGGCAAUCACUGUGUAGCCCAGGUCAGACUGUGACAGUCCUCCUGCCUCAGUUUCCCAGAUGCUGGGGUUAUAGGAUAUGUCAUCUUCCUGGCAUCUUUUAUCAUUUUGAUACUCAGUGGUCCCUGAGCUCUAUGGGUAGUGUAAUAUUUUUAUUCAUUUUUUUUUGUCUUUUUUGUUUUGUUUGGUUUUUGAGACAGGAUUUUAUGUAGCCUAGGUUGGAUUGGAGUUUUCUGUGUCACCUUGGAUGAUCUUGAAUACAUGAUCUUUCAGUUUUUUUUCUUUUUUCUUUUUUUUCGAGCUGGGGACCGAACCCAGGGUCUUGUGCUUGCUAGGCAAGCGCUCUACCACUAAGCUAAAUCCCCAACCCCGAUCUUUCAGUUUUAAUGUCCCUAAGUGCUGGGAUUACAGGCUGGUACCACUAACAUACCCAGCCAGUGGGACAUGAUUUGAACACAGUUAUUUUCUGAGAUAUUCGGUCUCCUUGUCACCAGCAAUUUCUGAUGGGUCCCUAUUUAUAUUUGUUUUGGAGAAAAAUAUUUAGAAGAGAUGAUCUGGGCACAAGAAAUUGCCAUUUGGAAGUUGUCAUUUCUAGUUCUUAAUAGUGAAGAUUCCUAUAAAUGAAAACACAUACAGACAGACAGACAGACACACACACACACACACACACACACAGAGACAGAGACAGAGACAGACAGAGAAACAGAGACAGAGAUAGAGACAGAAACAAAGAAACAAAAGAGACAAAGACAGGAAGAAAGAGACUAACAGACACACACAUACAGAGUGUUACAUGGAGAGAUUGUUUUCUUAUCAGUCUAGUCCUUGUUUAUCGGUUCUCUGUGUUCCUUUACAAGUGAAGAAAUGAGGAUUGUCCUUAGUAUAUUUACUUACUGCUUAUCUGUGUGUAACCCGUGUCUGUCUUUUCUCUUAUUCUAGCUUUGACAUACUUGAUCUCUUUGUAGCUUCACUGAGAAUCAGUACUCAUGGGGUGGGAGGUUGGGUGCUAGCACACAGUGUUCUCUCUUUCUUUCUUCUCUGGCACACGGGUGUCCUCCUCAACACAUGGACUCCACUUGCGGUCUCUUGCUCUAGCCCGCUUAGGCUCUAGUCCUUCAGCAGGGCUGCAUCCGUGCAUAGAUGCUGUCUUAGGGUCUCUAUUGCUGUGAAGAGACACAGUGACCACAGCAGCUCUUAUGACAGAAACCAUUUAAUUGGUGCUGGCCUAUAUUUCACGGGUUUAGUCCAUUUAGUGGCAUGCAGCAUGGCAGCCUACAGGCACACACGGUGCUGGAGAGGUAGCUGAGAGUUCUACAUCUAGGUCAGCAGGCAGCAGAAAGAGAAAGUGACACUGAGCCUGGCUUGAGUUUCUGAAAUCUUAAAGCCCAUCCCCACUGACACACUUCUUCCAACCAGGCCAUACCUCCUAGUAGUGCCAGUCCCUGAGCCUAUGAGGCCUUUUCCAUUCAACCCACCACGCAAGCUGAUGCUCUCUUUAACUUUCUCUGCACUUCCUUGCUGUCUGUACCCAUCAGUCUCUGUUCUGAUGUUUACAAAGAUGCCUGUCCCUAGUGAUCCCCCUACAGGGCACAAAACUAACAUUUCUAGGAAGGGGAAGAGGAAGGCCUACUUUCCCUUCUCGUUCUUCUUUCUCUUUAACUUGUAAGUCUUGACAAUAUGUUUUCUGAUUAAUAUAGAUUUGGGGUUGCAUUUAUUCAUUAUUGUUCGUUUACAAAAAUUAGUGGUUCUGAGUUUCAGACCUGGGUCAUUGGGCAACAUAGACAGGCCCUACUACUGAACAAGUCCCAUUUCUGGAAUUUAGAAAGUGUUGUCCUCUUUCAUUUAGCUGUGUCAUUGUAUGUGUUCCACCUCUCAGUUCUUAGUGUGGGAUUGGUCUAACUCUAUAAAUAAGAGAGAAUUCGAAGAAUGGAACCAUACUGGAAAGAUUCUGUAUCCUGAAAGCAAGUCCCAACCUACACCCAUCUAUCUCAGGAAGGGAGAGAGGCAAAGAUACUUUUGGAUAUAAAUGUUCGAAUAAUAACCCACAAAGGCCUCUCUUGUGAAGUGGACAACCUUUUUUGUUUUUUUUUUUAAUCUCUGGGAAACAUUUCCUCAUUGCUGGAAGCAGGUUAGAAAUUAAUCAGACUCUUCCCACGUGGCAGAAGGAUCUACUGGUCUGUCAACUUUUCCACUAAGAAACAAAAGUUACUUGAGGAACGGGAGUUGCAGGCUCCAUGAGAGGAAGUCUUGUCUGUGAGGACACUUGUGGUCCCAGCCACACGGUGUCCAGCUCCAAGAGGCUUGAGUUAUACUGUUUGCUAACCUUGGUUUUUACUUAGACAUGAUCAAAAACUCCGAGAUCUCACCUCACCAGGUUCCAGACUAAGGUAGGCCUGUCUUUAGCUAGCAUGUGGUUCUUUCAGUCUGAGAGAUUUGCUGAUAUUUAGCCAAGUAUAGUAUAGGCAUAUUAUACAUAGCCUAAUGUGUAUUUUUUAGACACCCCACUUACUGCUUUACCUGAUUUACCCACAUUUGAGGACACAGUAAUAGAUAAUUAACAUAUGAAUGAUGGCUCUAUCAUUUAAUGCCUAUGCUAUUUAAAUUAUUAAAUACUUGAGGGUCAGUUUCUUAGAUAGUGGCUGAUUUGAUAAUUGACUUACUGGUUACUGCAAGGAUUAAGUAGAUCAUAACAUAUGUAAUUGGGACCCCUGUCCAUGACCUAGAGCAGACAUUGUUUACACUCUUCCACUUCAAGGAGUUCCUAGGAUGCCAAGUCAGCCAGCACUGCUCUGUCCUGUCAUUGCAGACACUUUGCCGUUGUCUGACACCUGGCCUUCCCUUGGAAACAGCAGCUACUGAUUAAAUUUGUUAACAAAAUUGGGUCCUGAACAAGAGCUGUCUGUGAUUUGGGUUUGGAUCCUAAAUCCUUUGCAUCUACCACACCCAGAGCCAGUAACUCCUCUUGCCACUAGAUGGUGCUUGUCCGUGAAUCUGUGAGUCUCUCCUAAGGGAGCCUGUAUUGUUUGGGGGGAAAACCUUUUGUAGGUCUUUGAGAAUUAUGUAAUGGUGUUGUUACUCAUGCUUACCCCGGUGAUGAGGUGUUUUUAUGGCUGAAGUGCUGUAGGGUAGGGGCAAACAGCUGAGAAUUUAAAACUUCCGCUUGACCAUUCUGCUAAUCAUUGCUUCUCUGGUCUACCUUCCCAGCCCCUAAGUGUAAGGGUGAGAUGUUUAAAACAAACAAAAGAAUGAGAGGAGGAAAUGAAAUAACAGGGUUAUGACAUUCAUAUUUUAGAGAUGCCUUCACAAUUGGAAUGAGGCUAAUUCCCGGGUUAGUUAGAACUAUCAGAGUUACAAACCGAGCGUACAGUCUGAAGGCUUCUUCUCCCAUAUAAUUUCCCCUUGAUUUUUCAGUAUGGUCAGGAAAAUACAGCAAAUACUUCACCCUGAGACCUAUUGAUAGUGGAUAAUCAGCAUAGUGUACACUCAAGGAGCACACAUCACUCUGGGUUAGUGAUUCCUUUAAAAAAAUGUGAAGUGAUUUCUGCAUUAUCUCUUGAUAACUUUCCGGGGACAGUUACCAGGCCUGACUCACUUGAAGAUGUACAGGUAAGACCUGGCCCCUUGCUUGCGUAAAGGUAGGAAUACUUAACUAUAUUUGGCUGAGGUUAGUUGAUCUGACAGAUAUAGUAUAUGAAAAAUAAGGGAAAAAUUACCAAAGGUUGUGGCUUAGAUGCUUUUAGAUGGUCUGAAAUGGGAAGCCUGUGAGAUAUUUCCUUCUCACCAUAUUUUCAUGGACAGAGACAUAACCAGUCAGGGACUUAAUAGUUUGGUAAGUAGAUAAUUUACAUUUUUUUGGAAUUUACCAAGUAGAACUCAGAAUAGAUAUGGCACAUGUGAAUAGAGUCUGUUAUGUUUAAAAAAGUGAAAAAGUAGAGCCUAAUGGAAAGCUGAAGAAUGUGCUAGACAUGAUGGAACCGAGAACGUCUCCAGGCAUCAACACAGCGAAAAGCUGGGGACAGUUUCCUCAGAAUCUGGGAAUAGUUCUCAGAAUGAAUGCUUUCCAGUUACUUCGGUUUUUACUGUUGCCACUGUCCUUAUUUCUUAAAUGGCUGUCCCACUACUGGUCUUAGAGAAAGUGAACUCCUAUGCCCCAAACCCUGCUGGCAUCAGAUAGGAUAGGGGAGAGAAGUGGUAGGGACAGGUUCUGGGUGGAUGCUCAGAUCUUCACACUGAAGGAUCAGCAAGGAGUUGGGAGUAUGAGUUAGAGGUAGAGAGAGAGUAGAUUUUUGGACACAAUCAGCUCACUGGUAUGUUUAAGGUCCCCAGAGUAGAUUAAUUACUCCUGAGGUAGUUUUACACAGAAAGUGUUAAAUUGCAUUCUAAGCUUUCUUUUCUUUUUCUUGCUCUUGAUAUUUUUUUAUUUUAUUAAUUUUUUAUUAGAUAUAUUUCUUUACUUACAUUUCAAAUGUUAUUCCCCUUCCCGGUUCCUGUCCAUAAGCCCCCCUCCCUCCCCUCCCCCUCCCCCAUACAGGUAUUCCCCCCAUACAUCCCCCUUACUACCCCCCUCAUAUUCCUCUACACUGGGGGUCCAACCUUGGCAGAACCAAGGGCUUCCCCUUCCACUGGUGCCCCAACAAGGCUAUUCUCUGCUACAUAUGCAGUUGGAGCCCUGGGUCAUGUAUAGUCUUUCGGUAGUGAUUUAGUCCCUGAAAGCUCUGGUUGGUUGGCGUUGUUGUUCUUAUGGGGUUGCAAGCUCCUUCAGCUCUUUCAAUACUUCCUCUAGUUCCCCCCAAUAAGUGGAUAUUAGCCAAAAAGCUCGAAUUACCCAAGAUGUAAUCCACAGACCACAGGAAGCUCAAGAAGAAGGAUGACCAAAAUGGGGAUGCUCCCACUCCUUCUUAAAAGGGGAAAAAUAUCCAUAGGAGGGGAUAUGGAAGCAAAGUUUAGAGCAGUGACUCAAGGAAUGGACAUUCAGAGCCUGCCCCACAUGUGGCCCAGAUAUAUAUAUAUAUCUCCACCAAAACUAGAUAAGAUUGAUGAAGCUAAAAAGUGCGUGCUGAAAGGGACUGGAUAUAGAUCUCUCCUGAGAGACACUUCCAGAGCACAUUGAAUACAGAGGUCAAUGCUAGCAGCAAAUCACUGAACAGAGAACAUUCUAAGCUUUCUAAUGCAAAGUAUUUGGGAAGAUGUGGAAGAACCAGUCAAGAAAACAAAAGGAAAGGAAGGAAGAAAGGAAGGAAGAAAGGAAGGAAGGAAGGAAGGAGAGAGGAAGGAAGGAAAGAAGGGAAGAAAGAAAGAAGAAAAAGAAAGAAAAAGAAAGAAGGAGAAAUAAAUAAAUGAAUGAAUAAAUAAAUAAAUAAAUAAAUAAAGAAAGAAAGAAAGAAAGAAAGAAAGAAAGAAGGAAGGAAGCAGUAAAGUCUUCUGGUAAGAAUUAUGCUCAUUUUGAGCGUUCAAAUGGUCUGCCUGUCCACAUUGCCAAUCUCCAGCUUCCCAUCCUCCAUACACCAGUAUCAUCUCUUUCAGGUCCCUGCUUCCUCAACAGAACACUACCCAACAGGCAGGAUUCUGGUGCGAUCCGAGGCGGGUGUGAUAGUGCACACCAUUAGUCCCGUCACUCAGGAGGCAGGGCAGAUCUAUGUGAGUUUGAGGCCAGCCUGGCCUACAGACUGAGUUCCAUGACAGCCAGAACUAUACAGUUGGACCUGUGUCAAACAAACAAGCAAAACCAACACACAGUCUGAUCCUCUGCCUUCUCUUCUUAUAGACAAGUAGAAAACACAUUAUUUGAUGAACUGAGCUGGACAGAAGGCUCAGUGUAUAAGAGUGCUUGUUGCACAAAGUGCAUGUGCCCACAUGAACAGCUCAGCUUGACUGUGUGAUGUCCACCCCGGUUAGUUGAUGAGUGGUAGAGAGGAUUCUUCCUGGAUGCUAGCUUAGCUGAAAACCGAGCUCCAAGGUCAGUGAGAGACCUGUUUCAAGGCCCACCCCAGUGUUUCUCUGGGUAUGUGCAGUCCUGAGGGGUCCUCAGUUACUCUCCACCUUAUUCAGCGGAGCAAUGUUUUCUCCAUUGGAUCUAGAACUUGCCAUCAUGGGCUAAUCUCGCUAGCCAGCUUGCUUCUCAUCUCCACUUUCCCAGCUCUGAAGUUAGAAGGUGACCUACCUGGCACUUACGUGGGUGUUGGGGACCUGAUCUCUGGUGCUGCUUGUUACCAGCACUUUAUCCAUUGACCGUCUCCCCAGCCCCAGUGUGUUUUUAUAUACAAAACAUAACAGGCUUCCCAACUAGAGAAACCACUGCCACUCUUUGGGAAAGUUACCCUGAAAUGACUAGAUUUAUCUGAGAGGGUGUAAUUUACUUUCAAACCUCGGACUCAUUGUUUUUAGAUGAAAAGAAACCCUCGGUGAUGUUUUUGUGUACUAGACUAUGAAAAUGAAUUCUGCAAGACGUUAGAGGAAAUAUGUCGACUUGAAACGUUCUCUCAGAUACCACAAUAAAAAAGGGGAAGUAGAUGUAUGGUUAUGGAUGAAAAUUUAGUAAUAUUUAUGUUGAGAAAUCAAUUCUUGGAAUAAAAGUAAUAUGUCUUCAUUUAAGUAAACAUAAUGUUUCCCCAUUUCAAUAAGUGACUGGAGAUUUCAUUACAGACUUGUCAUUUUCUGUUUGUUCAUUUAGAUUCACUUUUCAACUUAAAAUUUAUCAUAGGUAUUUAUUGUACAGGGUGUCAUGUAAGAACAUUUUCAUGCACACGUAUAUUAUAUAGUUAAGAGAUGCUCUGCUCUACUAGUUCAUACUUUCUUUAGUUUCCCUCCCCCAGGAGUCCCCUUUGUUGUUUCCCUGGACAGUGUUUUGUGUAUAUGUGUGUGUGUGUGUGUGUGUGUGUGUAUCAGUAGAAAUACAGAUUAACACUAGAUUGACAUUCCAUUUACCUUGGUUAGAUUGGAAAUCAAUAAGAACAUAGACGAUAAAAAUAUUAGUGAGGAUGUGGACAGAAGGAAACCUUCAGGUGGGAAUGUAAACUUGUCUAGCCAGUACAGAAUAUCAAUAUAAAAGUUAGUCACAAAAUUAAAAACAGAUUCUCCUUGUGACUCAGUUAUUCCACUCCUGUGUAUGUAUGAAAAGGACUCCAAGUCAAUGGAUCACAGAGAUUUUCUACCUUUUCAUUUAUUUAAUAAAAGUUUUGUUAUUUUAACUUCACGUGUGUGUGUGUGUGUGUGUGUGUGUGUGUGUGUGUGUGUGUGUGCAAACUGAAGAAUGUUGGUUUAUAGGAGUUACAGCAGAGUCCUUGCCCUCAGUCUGGAGCUGGUGUCCUCUUGGGGAAAGCAAGUGCUGCUUCUGUGCUGCUGAGCCAUCUGCCUAGCCAUGAGAGUUCCUGAGUCAUAGUUAUGGGCUGGAUUGUUGGUGUUUUGAGAAGGGAAGAGGUCUCUGUUACUUAUAAUGGACUUACACUUAUACCCCCUUCCUCAGCUCCUGAGACUGCAUUACAGUCGUGUACCACCAUGUCUGGCUCUGCAUUUUAAAUCUCUCUCUCUAGAUGCCUAUUGGCUAAGACGGGUUUCAAAAAUAACUUUAAUGCCCUCACGAUGGGAGAGACAAGAAGCCAAAGAGCAGUGACUUUGGAACUUUUUUCUGGCUGUUUACUUUCCCCUUAAGUGGCCAUCCAGUAUCCUGUAUUAUCUUCAUUUGCAUUUGCAGCUAGCUAUGUAGCUUUGCAAAAUGACUGAUGUGGUAACAGAAACUUCUAAGUUUUGGGGCACUAGGAAGACUAGUGAAUGCAUCAGAAGCUUGGGAACUUCCCACCAGAGGCCAUACGGAGACGCAUAUAGGGUCUUUGUGCUGUCAUAAUGACUGGACAGCAUCACAGGACAUUGAUGCCUAGGGACUAGGACUGUGCACUGUUUAGUCUUAUCUCGCUCAUUUACAGCAUCCUCUUGGAGGAAUGCUGGUGACUGUUUUUGAAGUGAGCAUGUUUUUGAACACGUUAACCCCAAAGUUCUACGUGGCCCUGACAGGCACUUCCUCACUAAUAUCGGGACUUAUUUUGAUAUUUGAAUGGUGGUAUUUUCGCAAGUAUGGAACAUCGUUCAUUGAACAAGUCUCAGUGAGCCACUUGCGCCCCCUUCUGGGUGGGGUUGACAACAACUCUUCCAAUAAUUCUAAUUCCAGUAAUGGGGACUCAGAUUCCAACAGGCAAAGUGUCUCAGAAUGCAAAGUAUGGCGAAAUCCACUGAAUUUGUUUAGGGGUGCUGAAUACAAUCGGUACACUUGGGUCACAGGACGAGAGCCUCUGACCUACUAUGACAUGAACCUCUCUGCCCAAGACCACCAGACCUUCUUUACCUGUGACUCGGACCAUCUCCGUCCCGCAGAUGCAAUAAUGCAAAAAGCGUGGAGAGAGAGGAACCCUCAAGCCAGGAUUUCUGCAGCCCAUGAAGCUUUGGAGAUAAAUGAGUGUGCAACUGCUUAUAUUCUCUUGGCUGAAGAGGAAGCCACAACUAUUGCUGAAGCAGAAAAGCUCUUUAAGCAGGCCCUGAAGGCUGGAGAUGGUUGUUACCGGCGUUCUCAGCAGCUACAACAUCAUGGCUCCCAGUAUGAAGCUCAACACAGACGAGACACCAAUGUCUUGGUCUAUAUCAAAAGAAGGCUGGCAAUGUGUGCCCGGAGACUUGGAAGGACCAGAGAAGCCGUGAAGAUGAUGAGAGAUUUAAUGAAGGAGUUUCCCCUCUUAAGCAUGUUCAAUAUCCAUGAAAACCUUCUAGAAGCUCUUCUGGAACUCCAAGCCUAUGCGGAUGUUCAGGCAGUCUUAGCAAAGUAUGAUGAAUCUCACUGUUCAGUUGAAGCUUGGAGAUGUAAGCUAUACAUCAUUGUGAGCACAAUGUUCAUUAUUGAGUGCCUUUUAGUACCAAACGAGGUGGUCUCAUGCCAUGGCUCUACCUGGCAAUGCAUUUUGCCUGAUGCAAGGUUGUUGUUCUUAUCAUCAGUGCUGAUCUCUACUUAGCCCAAUAAGCCUUAAGAAGUAAGGCUUUAACUAAAAAGCCUUUUCGAUCACAAGUCUCAAGACUCCUUUCAUAAGUAUCUCAGUUCAUUACAGAAAUCAUCAGCCUUGUGUUAUAAAACUGAUUGCCAAGUAAAGAAAUGAACUCACUUGGA